AUGUUCUUCUUCGGCCUUGGAGGUCUAUUCUAUGUCUCGGUGUUGCUGGUCAACGCGAUAGCCAUUCUGUCCGAAGACCGCUUUCUCGCCAGGAUUGGUUGGGGAUCGGUACAACAGGAGCCCGCAUUCGGUGGCCCGGCAGACAACACCAGUGUCAAGUCAAAAGUCAUCAACCUGAUCGCAUCGGUCCGCACCCUGAUGAGGAUACCGCUGAUUGUCAUCAACACGCUGAUCAUUGUCUACGAACUCAUACUCGGAUGA